UUAAUUUGUAUGAAUAGUCAACUUGAAAAUAAGCCUUUAGUUAUUAGGAUUAAAAAUGGAAUUAAGUCUCUCAGGUUAAAAACUGAGGGUGAAGUGUCAAGAAAAAAAGUCAAUUAAGAUUAGAAUAUAGACUGCGAAUAAUAUCAGCGAGUACUUAAAACAGAACCUUCAGAAAAGAGUUUUGAAUGUGUUGAGAAAUUCAAAUUAAGUGUUUGUGUGAGAGUGAGGCCAAAAACAAAUUAAGAACUGUAAGACAAAAGAAAUUACUUGACACCAAAAUUAUAGAUCUGGGAUGAAAGGACAAUUUAGAUAAAUUCUAAUUAGGAAUAAUAGAUUUAGAUGAAACAUAAAAGGAGUUUAAGCUAAGCGAACUAAAAAUCAAACAUAGAACAACCUACUUAAGCAUUCGAAUUUGACCGUGUUUAUGAAGAAUCAGCAACAAAUGAAGGCAUAUUUUAAGAAUCUGUUUCUCCCUUUUUAGACUACCUUUUGUAAGGUUACAACUCAACUAUUUUCGCAUACGGCGCUUCUGGAUCUGGCAAAACAUUCACUAUGUAAGGAGACAGAAAAUCAGAGGGGAUCACCUAAUUGAUAUGCAAAAAACUCUUUGAAAGAAUCUAAGAAGUCUAAGAACACAAGCAGUUCAAAGUUAAAUUCUCUUAUGUAGAAAUAUAUAAUGAAUAAAUCAGGGAUCUCAUCUAAUAAGGUUAUUCAUCUAACACUAAGAAGUAAACCUAAAAUCUAGAACUCAGAGAAGAUCCUGUCAAAGGAACUAUUUUGGCUAACGUUACAGAAGUUCAAAUUGCAAAUUGCGAAUAAAUUUAAAACUUGAUAGAUUUUGGAAAUAAAAAUAGAACAGUUGAUGCAACUACUUUGAAUUCUCUAUCAUCUCGCUCUCAUGCAGUCGUCUAAAUUCACAUACAAUACAAAGAUAUUAACUAAGGUAUUUACGAAUCAACACAGUUCUCUACCUUAACUUUAGUUGAUUUGGCUGGCUCUGAGAAAUCAGGAGUUUCAUCAAACUAACUAGAGACUUAAAAAAUUAAUUAAUCGCUUCUAGUACUAGGCUACUGCAUAAAUUAGCUUUCAAAGGGAAAUAAAAAUAAUCAUGUGCCAUACAGAAACUCUAAAUUAACUAGGAUGUUGAAAAACAGUUUAGGGGGGAACUGCAAGACCCUGAUGAUAGCAAAUAUUUCUAUCGCUAACUCUAGCUAUGAAGAUACCAUGAACAGCUUACUCUAUGCCUCGCAUGCUAAGAGAAUCAAAAAUAUUUUAAUUAAAAAUGAAGUUACUUCUUCCUAGCAUAUUGCUAACUAUGCUUAGCUAGUAGAAGGUCUCUAACGCCAGAAUAAUUACUUAAAAAAGCUGGUAGAAGAAACAAAUUAAGAUUAAAGCUUGAAGCAAAGUAGCUAGGUAUUAAAUGAAAGUGUUUUCACAAAGGAAGAAUCAUAAAAACUUAAAUUUGAGAUUUAGAAGCACUUCGAAUAGGAGACAGAAUGUUAUAAAGACAUUUCUUAUAUAAGCGAUAGGAUUAAUUUAAUAGAAUAAGAAAAUUAAUAGACAAUGAAUUAGUAUUAGUAAUAUGAUCCAGUGAUUAGUUUAAAUAAUUUAUAAUCCAACGAAUCAUCUUGUAAAUAGCUUUUAAAAGAUUAUAAUAGCAAUGUCAAGCUAGUGUCUCUUAAAUAAAAUAAGCAGAUUUCUAUUUAAAAACUAGAAAAACUAUCUCUAAACAGAAUUAAUUUGCUAUAAAAAAUUAAGGAAUAUAGUGGAGAGCAGAGAAUAAAAUUAUUAAAGGUAUUUGACCAAAAAGCAAAAUCAUUCCAAGAUAUGAUAGAUAGACAUAAUUAAUAUCAAUAAAAGAUUACCAAUUAAGAUUAGGAAAUUGAUUGUCUUUUAAAGGAGUUAUCAAUUAAAGAUAGCAUUAUUUAAUCCUAAAACAAUUUAAUUUCAGUUAGUAAUUUAGAAUGCAGCCAAAUUAAAUAUACAUCUUCUAAUUUAAACAACUAUUAAGAAUACUAAGCCAUUUAAGAAGAAUCAAAACCGUUAAUUGAGUUCAUAGCAAAAUAAGAAACCAAAAAAGAAGCAUAGAGCAUUUUAGACUAAGAUAAAAAUAUUUUUCUUCCAACUCUUAUCAAAUACAAACAAAAUAAUAAAGUCUAAAAUGCCCUUGCCUAAAUUGUUUAAGGUAAAAAUAGAAGAUCUCAGUCUUAAUGUGAUCCAUAUAAUCAGCCUUAGAGACUCUCUUAUACCUUUGCUGUGCAAAAGCAGUUACCAUAAGUCAUGAAAAAAUCUUGCAAUAGUGCCUUAUCUGGAGAUACCCAACAGAUUGCAGAUGUAAUACUAAAUGAAUGUAGUAAAUCUAAAUUCUAGAAAGCAAUGUCUAAAAUUAGUGUAGACACAACAAUUCCAACAGAAACAAAUGAUAUCACAAAAUCUACUCAAAACCAAAAUACGAGCAGCAAUACAAUUUGUAAAAUCAACAACUUCAAAAAUAAUAGUGAAAUCAUUCAACCAAAGGCUAAUAAAAACGAUACAUAGUACCUUAUAAAGUAUUCUGAUAUAUAGUAGAGUUUUAAUUCUAAAAAAUACAAUUAGCUUUCACCGAAAGCAGAUUAAGGAGAAUUUACUUCUUACAGACUAUAAAGUAAUUCAAAAAAUGUUAUAAAAUAACCUUAAAAAUAAUUGCAAAAUGUACUUUAGUCUUCUAAAUUCAAAAAUUAAAACCCUUCAAAUAGUAAAAUAAAAUAACCGUAUUUCUCUAAAUUGCUAGUCGACUAUAGUGGCUAUAUGUAUAACGACUUAGGUCAGCUGUCUUGUAACGAUAUAUCUCUAAAUAACAAAAAACCGUCAUAAAAUUUAAUAGGCUCCAUCGAUGAAAUAUAAAGUCCUACUUAGCGUGUUAAAACAGAUAUUUCAGUAAGAAAUAGUAGCUAAAAUAAAUUGGAAAGAUUUUCAAGCAAUUAAUCAAUAGAAAUGAGUAAUAUAUAAAGCAAAAAAAUCUUUAGUAGCAGAGAAAAAGAUACAAACAAUAACAGAAACAGUUCAACUUACAAAAGAAAGCACAUUUCAUCUUCAAAGCGCUAAAGUGCUAACCUCCAAAACCGUUCCUAUUAGUUUUGA